AUGUGUGGAAGUCUCCAAGAGACAAUCGACGUGUACGGUCUAGCCGGUGAAGGCACUUUCGGCUCAGUCUUCCUUGGGCGGGAACGAAAUGGAGGGGUUGCUAACCCGGAAGACCUCCGGCACUAUGCCAUCAAGGUAGAAAAGCACCUCACGCUGCUUGAUGCGCUGCAGCAGUCCUUUUGGAACCCGCCAAUGGCACAGGUUCCGAACCCACACACUCAUUACCAAACAUUUAUCCCUAGUGAGGCUCUCGUGUUACUUUUCCUGACCGACAGUGACAGAUUCCCCACGCUCGAUUCAGUUUACACCCACGACCGCUUCCAGGCGAUUGUCAUGUCACCAUGCACCGACUAUGACCCGGACCAAGCUCCGCAAGGAGGUCGUGACUACCAGCGACAAUUUCCUGCAUUUAAUGGGCACUAUUUGCUAACUGAAACCCGUAGACCUUUACUUGACUCGCGUGGUGCUUGUAAGGUCUCAGCACAGUUCGUGGAGGCAGUCACACACAUGGCUGACAUGAAUCUUUGGCAUGGCGAUAUUUCAGUCAACAACUUUAUUGUGGAUAAGGUACUGAAUGUCCAAGUCCUUGAUUUAGCUGAGGUCACCUUUGGGCUCCACGAAAAAGAAUUCUUCAACCGCCAGUACAUGUUUGUCCCAUUCCAAGAAUAUCAGAUGUCACCCGAAUUAGCCUCACAUAUGUCGACUUUCACCGGUGAUCAUUGCUCUGGGAUAGAUAUGGGACAUGAUCUGCGGCGAGAAACCUUGUGGAAAUUGGGUGUCAUUGUCUAUGGCAUUGUUCAUGGCUUCUGGCCCUGGGACUUUCCACUUGCGCCAGGGAGCCAUCCUGACCUCCUCAGCCCCAGCGCAUACAGUAGUCCUCGCAGGAUCCACAGCAGGCGGGAUCGUAUCCUCAACGAGCCCUUGCGCAUCAAUGAAAAUUUGCCACAAGACUGCAGGGACGUGCUACAAGCCAUGUUGAGCCAGAACACAGAGGACCGGCCCACACUUGCAGAGUUGGAGGCAUACCCCUGGUUCUCGCAGUGGGUGCAUGAGACCCAAUUCUGGGAACGCCCACUUUCCCAAGCCUUCCGGGACUCGUACACAACCCAAAUAUAUACCUGA